AUUUCAACGUUCGAACUAUUCUAGAACGUCGUUGAUUCGCUUUAUCGCUAAGUAAAGUGUUUGCUUUACCGGUAUCCUAAAGUUGAAAAUGGCAUCUGAGUCCAGCAUACCUCGCCCGAUCGCGAGGAGAAACAGAAAGUCGCCUGUGGCGCGCGGGCUGCUGUAUACCGAGCUUGGGUACUACAACACCUUGACCGAGAGGAGCUUGGCCGCAGUUCACGAGGUAUGCCGUACAGACGGAGUUACGAUCGAGGACAUUAUGGAAGGAAACUACCGCCGAAGCAGGGGAGUUACCAGGGCAGCUGUCGAGGAGACACGAGCAAUUCUAAACACUAACAACGGUGACCCCAAUUUGCCCCGCUGGAAACUCGAUAAGGAGAAGACGAACAGUCCAAAGAAUGGAGAAAUGGUCCUGGAGUCUGGUGAACAGGCAGAGAGAGACGUCGCCCUGGAGUCUGGUGAACAGGCAGAGAGAGACGUCGCCCUGGAGUCUGGUGAACAGGCAGAGCUAGAGAGAGACGUCGCCCUGGAGUCUGGUGAACAGGCAGAGCUAGAGAGAGACGUCGCCCUGGAGUCUGGUGAACAGGCAGAGAGAGACGUCGCCCUGGAGUCUGGUGAACAGGCAGAGAGAGACGUCGCCCUGGAGUCGGCUGACCGGGGUGCCAAGACAAACAAGCCCGUGUACCGUAGAAUUGGGCGUUGGUUUGCGGCCAUUGGACGACGCCUUAGAAACAUUUGUAAAUGUUGUUAUCGCCCGGAAACGGCGGACUGACUAUUAGUUAAAAUAAUAAAUAGUAUAAUAAAAAUAGUAUCAUUAGCUGAAUAUAGUUACAACUUACUAGUUAUUUACGAAGAAACUUACAGACAAACAACGUAAGACACCAACUGUGAACUGUACAGAAUACUGUUGGUAGAAACUGUAUGCCAUACAUGUAUUACUAGUAGAUUCAGAUGUAACACCGUUAUGUUGAGGCACAUGCAAAUAUCGUUCUCGUUCGUGUUACUUGAGCUUAAUGCGUUGUUCUGAUGACGACGGCUGUUAACGUAAAUAAUACUGUGAUCAUGUU